UACUUCUCCGUCAUCAUACCUUCAACAUCCUUGUAGCACGUUUCUUGAGUAUCUACUACUCUGGUUGUCCCUCUGGUUCUAUUACGCGUGUCAUCGGAUCAGUCAUGUCCAACCCCUUCUGCGAUAACUAUGUAGACGACGCCUCUACUCCGCCCACCUCGCCAAUCUCCGAUGGCAUAUCCGAGCCUAUCGAUUGGAAUAGCCGUAACUUGGUGUAUCUUCUCAGCGUCUUGAGACCCGAAGAGGUUGCAGCCGAUAUACUCGUCUUCAAUCCUCCACUUGAGGCUCUAGAGGACCUUACAUACCCCUUCCAUCUGCAGAUCCACAAGAAGGCUGUUUCCACUCGCAUCGACAGUCAUCCCUAUUCUAGGGACACUCACAUCUGCACCAGGCGUCCUCAACCAUGCACGUUGGUCGCUGAAUCAAACCGCGAGUGCAUGAGCCCAGAACUCGCUCGUCGCUCCCUCGCCCACGAUCUGCUCUCCAAUAUCGAGCUUGUCGACGCUACCAUCGCCAGAUACAACGCACUUUGGGUCAUUCAUAACAGCGAUGUGUCUACAUUGGAGUCUAUACUACGCGCCAUGUGCGAGAUGAUCACUAUUGCCGACGACGAGUGGCAGGGUCGCCUCGAUCAGCUGUGCGGCAUGGCCGCUGGAGACUACACUGGCCAAUGUGUCGAUGGAGACUGUUCCGCAGAGACACGUUUGGAGUAUCAUCUUCUGAUGACAGGCAGGAUUGCUUUGGAGGAUUGGAUUCGGUGUGUCGGUGCUUGCUUGGGCAUGGACUCUGAGAAAGAAAGGGCAGCGCACGCAGAGGUUUACGACGAGGCAGGCAGCUUCCUCGGCAGGGCAUUCUAUCAGAUGGUAGGUUAGGCAUGGGGGUUGUGGGGACUUUCGAGGUCAUGUUUAGGAUGGAUGGAUGGAUGGAAGCGAGCGUAGGUGAGGAUGAAGCCUCCAGACAUACACACCGCCAA